AUGAAGCCCGUGUGUGUACUGACGAUAUGCUUGGGCCUUUUGGAAGGUGCCGAUGCUAUUGCCAUACCAGAGUUUGUAUCUCCCAAGGUUGGCUAUAUCACUCAUUUGGCCCAUGAUGAGAAAAAGGACACUUCUGCAAGCCCGGCGGCCAAGCCAGGCUCCGACACCAACUCUCCACCGAGGGUUUAUGGAGCCUAUUCACCAAAGUCCAAACUUGUUGAUCUUCCCCCGGUUCGUAGGAGUGAAAAGACUACAGAGUCGUAUGGCUCUGAUGAUGGUGUUGAGGAUGACGACCAAGACAACUCGGGAGACGACACCUCAGAUACCCCCGAGGACUCACCCGAUUCGGACGAUGCCGAAGUGGUCUACCCAGAGCCGAUGAUGGCUCCCACAUACAUCCGAACUGGCGCUCUUCCAGUUGAUAAGCCGGCAGCAGCUCCCAAGACAAAGUCAUACAAGAAAGUGGACACCAAGUCCAAGUCAAAGUCGGGAUCCAAGUCGAGCGACAAUACCGUCCACACAGCCAAGCACGGAAGCGAUGAUGACUCCGAGUCUGGCUCCAGCGGAAGGAAGAAGCAGAAGGGGAAGGAUAAGAACAAGAACGACGACAACUCUGGAAAGCACUCUGGCGAUGAUUCUUCCAAGUCAAGGACCAAGACUGAGGAUUCCACACCAACGUCAAAGUCGACCAGCUCAACGACCGUCUCAACCAGUGUUACCACAAAACCAACAUCUGGUAGGCAUUCUGGAGAUGACGACGACAAGAAGUCCAGGACCAAGACUGAAGACUCUCCUCGAUCUGGUUCUCCUAAACCCACAUCGUCGCCAGAUGAUUCAAAGGGUAAAGGCAAGGACAAGGGAAAGGGUCAAGGCUCCUCUGGCAAGCACACUGGUGAUGAUGACACCACCAAGCCCUCUUCCAAGAAGGAAUCCAAGGAGGACUCUAUCAAACCCGCCUCCAAGCAGUCUAAUGACUUUCCUCGUCACCCACGAGCUGUCUCAACCCACCAAUCCGGCUCAACCUUUGAUCCCAACAGCGCCAAAGGAGGCGGCAAGAAUGGCCCUGGGUACUACAAACCCUUUGACCCUCCCAAGCUGAACAACGGUUACAUCCAAGCUGUCCCGCCCCAAUCUAGCCAGAAGAAUGGCAAUUCUAGCCCCAAGGUCAAGGCCAAACCCCAGCUCAACACAAAAGUCAGUCUCCCUUCUUCCCUUCGCAAGCGAGAACAGUUACUGAGUCUGAGAGCAGCAGCGCCUUUGGAGAGCGUAACCAUCGAUCGCUCCAAGUGGAAGGUGACGUGCGACAGCAUGAACCAGGGGGAUGAGUGUCAGAAUGCUAUCGAUGGGAAGGCGGAUACUAUUUGGCAUACGCAAUGGGAGGGGAGUGAGCCUGCGCCGCCUCAUAUGAUUACCGUGGAUAUGAAAAAGGUUUAUAAUGUGAAUGGAAUUUCUAUACUUCCGCGACAAGAUGGUUCGCCAAAUGGAUACAUUGCUCAACAUCAGGUUUUCCUGAGUAAAGACAACAAGAAUUGGGGUUCUCCAGUGGCAUAUGGAACGUGGUAUGCUGACUACACGACCAAAUAUGCCAACUUUGACACACAGCCUGCACGAUAUGUCAGACUCGUUGCCAUCACCGAGGCAAAUGGCAAUCCUUGGACGAGUAUCGCUGAACUCAAUGUCUUCCAAGGGAAUGACUACGUGUCUCCUCAGGCAUCGACACUAGGAGCUUGGGGACCGACUGUCAACUUCCCAGUCAUCCCUGUCGCCGGUACUGUUGACCCCAAGACUGGCAAAGUUCUCAUCUGGUCAUCUUGGGCUCGCGAUACCAUGGACGGAGGUCCCGGUGGGUUGACUCUCACUUCGACAUGGGAUCCAGCUACUGGUCUUGUGUCAGAGCGCGAAGUCACCGAGACUGACCACGACAUGUUUUGUCCUGGGAUUUCUCUCGACGGUAAUGGCCAGCUUGUAGUAACAGGCGGGAACAACGCCGAACGUACAAGUCUCUUUGAUCCCGUCAAACAAGACUGGAUCCCUGGUCCAGAUAUGAAAGUCGCUCGAGGAUACCAAUCUUCCGCAACGACGUCCACUGGCAAAGUCUUUACCAUUGGAGGAUCUUGGAGCGGUGGCGAGGCUUUCAAGAACGGCGAAGUGUAUGAUCCUAAGAAGAAGACGUGGACGCUGCUCAAAAAGGCCGACGUACAGAAGAUGCUCACUGCCGAUGCACAAGGGUUGUUUCGAUCUGAUAACCAUGCUUGGUUGUUCGGUUGGAAGAAGGGUACUGUGUUUCAAGCUGGGCCUAGUAGGGCGAUGAACUGGUACUACACUGACGAAAAAGACGGUAACGUCAAAACUGCUGGACAACGAAAGUCGGAUCGUGGUGUCGCUCCUGACGCGAUGUGUGGUAACGCCAUCAUGUUUGAUGCUGUCAAGGGCAAGAUUCUCACCAACGGUGGAACUCCCAACUACCAGGACUCUGAUGCGACAGCUGAUGCACACAUCAUCACCAUCAAUAACCCUGGUAACAAAGCUGCUGUUUCAUACGCGAGUGAAGGUCUCUUCCACGCCCGUGUCUUCCACAGUUCGGUUGUUCUUCCCAACGGAAACGUCUUCAUCACAGGUGGUCAACAGUAUGCGAUUCCCUUUGCAGACACGACACCUGUUCUGGAACCAGAGAUGUAUCUUCCCGAUGAAGAUCGUUUUAUUCUGAUGAAGCCCAACAACAUCGUGAGGACGUACCAUAGCAUUGCGCUUCUCCUCCCCGACGGCCGAGUCUUUAAUGGUGGAGGCGGUCUCUGCGGUGGCUGCGACACGAACCACUUCGACGCUCAAUUGUACACUCCCCCGUAUCUGUACGACUCCAAGGGCAAGUUAGCAGCGAGACCAAAGAUAGCAUCCGUGUCGGUUUCCACAGUCAAGGUUGGCGGAACGGUGACUGUCCAGACCAGCGGAGCUGUAGCGCAGGCUUCCCUCAUCCGAUAUGGAACGGCAACGCAUACUGUUAAUAGUGAUCAACGUCGUAUCCCUCUAACUCUGAGUGAUGCUGGGAAGAAUACGUAUUCUUUCCAGGUACCGAGUGAUCCUGGUGUUGCGUUGCCUGGGUAUUGGAUGUUGUUUGUCAUAGACAAGAAUGGGGUACCGAGUGUUGCUUCGACUAUCAAGGUGACAGGUUAG